CCAUCACUUUUAAAUGAUAUACAAAUCAUUAAUUGCCUGAGAAUGGCGAACAAAACAAAUCAAACAACUUUUGAUGUCAAGGUUUAUUUUCUUAUACCCAGCAAAUAUGAAAAUUGCAAUGAAUGUACCGAAAAUAUGUGGGAUGCUUAUAAUAAAUGUUCCGAUUGGGAUAUCGAUCCUGAAUGGAUUCCUGAAAAAGAAUGUCUCAAAAUUGAUCCUGAUAAGAAAGAUGUAUUUAUAAUGGAAGAAUUUAAAGGAGAAGUGUUUGAAACGUUGCAAAAUUUUAAAUGCACAAUUAUUGGACCUCAAUGCCUGUUAUCUUGCUUUUUAACUGGUGAGUCAAUUCCUGAAGGAUCCACACCAGUACUUAAUACAGCCAUGAGAGGUUUCAUAGUUACUGCAUCUGGUUUCUCUGGCGCUAUAAAGAAUGAAAUACAAAAGAAAAUUGAAUAUAUGGGUGGAGUUUUUACAAAACAGUUAAGAGCUAGCGUAACGCAUUUAGUUACAAAUAUUGUUAUGUCCGCUAAGUACGAGAGAGCAGUCGAACUGGGGAUAAGAAUUGUGACAAUAGAUUGGCUCCAAUCAGUGUGGGAAACAAAUUUGAAGGAGUCGAUAUCAGGAUCUGAUUCUAUUUUUGAUAAAUUUACAUGCCCUAUAUUUUUAAAUUUAAUAGUGACUUCCACGAGUCUUAGCAAACGUCAGAAAGAAGAUAUUAAAAAAAUAAUAAACAGUCAUGGUGGUGAAUUUAUGGGUGUGUUGGAUGGAACAAAAGUGAAAGUUGUCAUAACAUCGGAGACAAGCAGUCUAAGUGAAAAAUUGAAAUAUGCUAUGCAAAACAAUAUUCCCUGUCUUAAAGUGGAAUGGGUUUAUGAUAGUCUUGAAGCAGGUUAUUCUUUACCAUUCAGCAAUUACGUGAUUAAGUAUACUCAGGCAUGUUCUACUCCAGAGAAAGCAUCAGUUCAGGAACCAUUUAACUUCUCCACAAUAAGUGUUAUAUCAGGCGAAAAUCAUAAUAUGUAUGUAGAUGAAACUGUAGCUUCUGCAGUAACAAUGAGUUCCACUGCAAUGGGUACAACUUUAGCGACAGAAAAUUUACCCACAGCUUCUAAAAUCUCUUAUACCACAAUUUUAGAGAGAUUAAAUAUUAUUGAAGCAAAAAAGGCUGGUCCUUUUUUAGAUGGUUGUAAUAUUUAUUUAGCUGGGAUUUCAUCCAAUUAUAGAGAUAAAUUAAAUAGGAUAUUAAAUGUUGGGAGCGCAACGCGACUCGAUGAUAUAUCAGAAGCUUUAACACAUGUUAUUGUUGGCGAUCCAAUAAAAGCAAAACACGAUCUACAAAUCAUUAAAUCUAAAGCCUUAUAUCCUUAUAUUUUAAAAAUUGAAUGGUUAGAAGAGUGCAUGAAACUUCAGGCACCAGCACCAGAAGACAAUUUUCUUUUUGAUGGAAAAGACAGUAUAUAUCCAGUUGCUCCUGAACCUCCAUCACCUUUAAGUAAAAAAAAUUUACAGUUGUUACAACGGCCAAAAAUGCCUGCUGCUCCACUAUUUAGCGAAGAUAAAUCUAAAAGUAUACCACACACUGAUGUACAUUCUGAAAUUGUUGAACAGUAUCUUCAAACAACUAAUUUAGAACCAGAUAAUUCCUUACGAGAAAUUCUAAAACUUCCAAAUAAGGAUAACAUUGAAAAUAAUUUAAGUUUAACAACAAAUCAAACGAUCAAAGAUCGAUGGAGUGACACAAGUAAAAAAAAUAAUGGUACCACUAUGCAAUGUGAAACGCGUGAUGAUAGUGCGAUACCAAUCAGUCAGGAAUCUUUUGGCAGUCAAAAGAUACUACAAGGAUUAGUUUUUAUUAUUAAUGGUUUCGAGGAGGAUGAAUACACGCAAAUUAUAACGCAAAUUCAUGGAUUAGGUGGUAAAAUAAUUGGCAGAAAUUAUUCGAGUAUUCCCGAUUAUGGAAUUGUUCCAAAAUUUGGUGCUGAACUAAAACAUACCGUUGGAGAAGUUGUUACAGAUUUAUUUAUUGAAGAUUGUAUAGACAAUGAGAAAUUAGUAAAUGUUUCAUAUUAUCACAGACCGAUAAUAAUUCCAAAAAAUGUAAAACCACUAAAAAAUUGUGUGAUUGGCAUGAGCACUUAUAGUGGAGUCGAAAGGACAUAUUUAUCGAAAUUAUCAGAAGCUCUUGGAGCAAGGUACCAAGAUACAUUUGCUCGGAAAACUAAUCUUCAAAAAAAUACGUAUAGCAGUACUCAUUUAAUUUGUCCUAAGCCACAAGGUGAUAAAUAUAAAGCAGCAGUUAAGUGGAGAUUGCCCGCUGUAACUAACGAAUGGUUAAUUCAAUGCGCUGCUGAAAUGAAACUUUUAAAUGAAACUUCGUACCUUGUGGGCGAAACUAUGGCACCAGGAGAGUUUAACAGUAAAAAUGUUGAAGUAGCAAAUAAUAAAGCAAUGUUUAUGAAACCAACAUGUGAACCUACUUCAGUGCCAGAAGCAUUUUCAAAUGAAGAGCAGUACUUCAGAGGGACGAGCGAAACUCCUAUUAUUAAUAAAAGGCUUAAGAAUCUCAUUAAUGACAAGACGCCACAGUCGCCUUUUCAUAUAUCCACUCCAGAAACUCCAUAUGGACAAAUGUUUAAAGAAAAUCCGUCACCCCGAACGAGAAAAGCGUGGGUAAAGUGGAUAGAUCACUUUCCGGAUUUACCAAUGGAAGAACCAUCACCAAAGAGACGACGUAGCACACCUUUAUCAGAAGUCAAACGAUUAGCUUGGGAUUUCGUUACUGGGCGACUAGAUUCUGAGGCAGCUCCUACAGCUGAAGUUAGUUCAAGACUUAACACGUUAACGAAUGGAGAUCAAGAAGAAGAUGAAGAAUCAUUAAUUAAUCAUAUAUCAACAAACAGAAAAUUAUCGUUUUCGGAUGACGCUAGUCCAAAUAUAAGUAUGAAAAAUCCAGCAAUAAGCAUGCAAAUUGCUAAAUUAGAUGAAAUGCUUCAAAAAGCCUCAAAUACUUCUGAAACAAGACCAUCAUCAAGUAUCGAUUAUGGAAAUCCAUAUCAUUUAGAAUCAUGUUUACCCGCGGGAAGUUGCUUAGUGAAAGAAUCGCAACCAGAUUCUGUUGGUUGGGAAGACCCUGUUAAAAGAAUACCUCCUCCAAGACGAUCUGUAUUAAAUGAAGAUGCUGUUACUUUAGAAGAUAAUAAUAGUGUGAAGGAAGCUAAUGUUAAAGAAAAUAAGUCUUUAUUAAUUAAACGAGAAAUCCGGAAACCUAAAUUUAUGUUUUCAGGAAUAAAAGAUAAAGGUAUAGCUGAAAAAUUAAUAAAAGAACUUGGUGGUGAAGUUUCGGUUGAAUCAGCUUUUGAUGAAACAGCUACUCACUUACUUUGUUUAAAACCUGCCAGAAAUGAAAAAGUACUUAGUAGUAUAGCUGCUGGAAAAUGGGUUCUUCAUUACCUUUACAUUGAAGCAUGCAACGAUGAAAAGAAAUUUGUCAAUGAAGAAGAAUUUGAAUUAGGUAAUCCAAAAAGUAAAGGAAUAAUACCAGAGGCUAAUAGCGAUAACGAAAAGAUGAUAAUGAACGCUGCAUACAGGUGGCGAAUAAAAUUACUAAAUGAUCCUGGUGGAGCCUUUCGACAUAUGGUUGCUCUUCUUUUUACACCAAAAGAAAAGAAAGAACAAUUUGAAAGACUUAUACAUGCUGGGGGUGGAAUUGUCGUUGAAGCAAAGCCCCCGUAUGAUAGUAGUCCAAGAGGGAAAAAAAUUACACAUUGUUUUAUUCAAUUGAAGCAAAUUGAUCAGCAAGUAGAUUGGGCAAUGAUGGCAAGCAAAGGAAUAAUGUGUUUUCCACCACAAUUUUUAAAUGACCAUUUAAUGGCAGAGUAUCCAUUAAACCCACGAGAUUGUGUAUUAUCAGAAUUUCAGAAGUACCUAACAUUAAUUCCGAAAUAGACAGACAAAUGUGAAAGAUCCAUUUUUUUAUGAUGUAAA